AUGCUCAGCAAAACCCCCGGUCCACUGAGGUUCAAUUUCAAGAAACUUCAGUCCCGCAUCUUGAAGAAAUACCGGAAACCGAACAGCACAGACACUUCGAGGUUUCCAAGUUUCCCCGAAUUCGUUCAGUUCGUUAUAGAUUCUACGAGAAGUUUCAAGACCUCCAGCGACUGGAAGGAAAACGUUAAAUGCUGGCUGCCCUACUGGGUUCGUUGCAGCGUGUGUUCGUUCGAUUACAAUGUUAUCAUGAAAUUAGAAACCAUGGAGGAAGAUAAGAGGUUUCUAGUUACUCUCUCGCGUCUUAAUGAACUCAGGGGCAGGAACGAGUGGGUGCACCUCAAGAACGCCACCUCCUCCUCCACUCUGGCAGCCAAGUAUUACAAGGAACUCACUCGACACCAAGUAUUACAACUGUACAAACGCUACGAACUGGACUUUAGACUUUUCCAGUAUGGUAUUAAAGGCUACCUGGACAAUGCUAAAGAUGCUGAAGGAAGGAAGGAAGGACAAGGAACAGAAAUAUUGACUGGAAUCUGA